AUGGCGGAGACACUCAUUCACCCCUCCGAUCCUGGGAACCUUGGGUGGGCUGUUGUGUUCAUGGAAUACCCUGCAACAUUGUGCCCAGACGAAGACAUGGAGAGGCACAGAGACUUUCGCGCUCGUGAUACCUCAAAAACUAUUGAGCUGAAGGAAAAUACUAUCAUUGUCGUGCUUGGAGCUUCUGGCGAUCUCGCCAAAAAGAAGACCUUCCCCGCCCUUUAUGGCUUGCAACGCAAUCGCUUCCUUCCGAGGGAUAUCCGCAUCGUCGGCUACGCGCGGACGAAGAUGGACCACGAAGAGUAUCUCAAGCGAGUCAAGUCACACAUCAAGACGCCCUCAAAAGAGAUGGAGGAACAGCUAGAGGAGUUCUGCAAGCUUUGCUCGUAUGUCUCCGGUCAGUACGAUGAAGACGACUCCUUCAAAGCCCUGAACAAACACCUGGAAGAAUUGGAGAAUGGUCGAAAGCAACAAAAUCGUGUCUUCUACAUGGCGCUUCCGCCCAGUGUCUUCAUCACAGUCUCUCAACACAUCAAGCGAAAUUGCUACCCCAAGAAUGGGAUCUCCAGGAUCGUGGUGGAAAAACCAUUCGGAAAAGACCUCGGCAGUUCUAGAGAGUUGCAGAAAGCUUUAGAGCCUGAUUGGAAGGAGGAAGAGAUCUUCCGCAUCGAUCACUAUCUAGGGAAGGAGAUGGUGAAGAACAUUCUCAUCCUGCGAUUUGGCAAUGAAUUCUUCGGCGCAACCUGGAACCGCAACCAUAUAGACAAUGUCCAAAUUUCUUUCAAAGAGCCUUUCGGCACAGAGGGAAGGGGUGGCUACUUCGAUGAAUUCGGUAUUGUUCGAGACGUCAUGCAGAACCAUCUACUUCAGAUCUUGACUCUACUCGCAAUGGAGCGACCGAUCUCCUUUUCACCAGAAGAUGUACGUGAUGAAAAGGUUCGAGUCUUGCGUGGCAUCCCCAAUAUCGAGCCCAAGAACGUCAUCAUCGGACAAUACGGCAAGUCACUAGACCGCAGUAAACCGGGCUACAAAGAAGAUGAUACAGUACCAAAGGACUCGAGAUGCCCCACUUUUUGCGCUAUGGUGGCAUACAUCAAAAACGAGAGAUGGGACGGAGUGCCAUUUAUACUCAAGGCAGGUAAAGCGCUUAAUGAACAGAAGACUGAAAUUCGUAUUCAAUUCAAAGAUGUCACUUCAGGCAUUUUCAAAGACAUUCCUCGCAACGAGCUUGUUAUCCGGGUGCAGCCCAACGAGUCCGUUUACAUAAAGAUGAAUUCGAAACUCCCGGGUUUGAGCAUGCAGACUGUUUCGACCGAGCUGGAUUUGACUUACCGCCGGCGGUUCUCAGACUUGAAGAUCCCAGAAGCUUACGAGUCGCUAAUACUUGACGCGCUGAAAGGAGAUCAUUCAAACUUCGUCCGAGACGAUGAGCUUGAUGCUAGUUGGCGGAUCUUCUCACCUCUUCUACAUUACCUCGACAGCAGCACUGAUAUUGUACCUAUGGAGUAUCCCUAUGGCUCUCGCGGUCCCGCUGUCCUCGACGACUUCACGUCGUCGUACGGGUAUAAAUUCAGCGAUCCGACUGGCUAUCAAUGGGGAAGCAAUCCUAACCCAGACGCUACUAACAAGCUCUAA